CUCACUGUUUUUCCAGUGUAUUUCAACCCCAAUUCAACAGAGCAGACUGUACUGGAUAAGUUGCCGAGUCAGCUGAAAGAACAUGUUAUUAAUUGUCUGUGACAGUUAAAAAAGUUCGACAUCAGUCUUGAUAACAUCGGAUGGCUCCAAAGUUUGAAUAGAUAUCCUCCACAUGCAACUACCACUGCGACGCUGCAGCCGUGUCAGCCUGUGUCAGGGCUGUGUCCACCACAGUGAUGCAUUCUGGUGUCGCUCGGGCGGAUCAGACCAGCCGCUGCCCUCGCCGAGCACCGGCCUCAUCACACAUUGUUCUCGGGAGGAACGACAUGACAUCGACCGAGCGGAGGCUGCUGGUGGCGUUUGCGCUGCUGUGCAUCUGCGGAGCGGCCGAAUCCAAAAGGAAUUUUAAAUGUCCUUCAGGAUGCGCCUGCUCCAAGGAGACGAUCGUCUGCGUGGGAGCCGCCCACAUCCCGAGGACCAUACCGAGCGACAUCAACUCAUUGAGCAUAGUCAAUGGAUCUCUUCCCGAAAUUACGGAGGGGAUGUUUUCCCUCAUGCCUUCUCUCCAGCUGCUGCUUUUAAAUGCAAAUUCCUUGACCACAAUCAAAGAUGAUGCUUUCUCCGGUCUUCCACAUCUAGAAUACUUAUUCAUUGAGGGAAACAAGAUCGAAACAAUCACCAAAAAUGCCUUGCGUGGUCUACGAGAUCUGACACAUCUCUCCCUCUCCAAUAACCAGAUGAGGUUUCUGCCAAGAGAGCUUUUUUUUGACUUGGAUUCCUUACUGGAACUGGAUCUACGGGGCAACUCUUUCCAGUGCAGCUGUGAGAACAAGUGGCUGAUGACGUGGCUGAAAAACACCAACGCCACAGUGUCGGAUGUCUUCUGCGCAGGUCCCGGUGACAUGAAGGGCAAGCGGCUCAGCGACCUCCCCAUUCCACCGGGCGAGUGCAUGUCCACAGACUUUGUGCGUCACCAGUCCAUUCCCAUUCAGGCCAUGUCAGCGGACAUCUUCUCCUUCAAAGAGGACAUCUUUGUGGCGAUGGCUGCUCCGAACACCAACAGCUGCGUGGUCAUGGAGUGGGACCACAUUGAAAUGAACUUCAGAAAAUUUGAUAAUAUCACAGGGAAGUCUGUUGUAGGAUGUAAGUCGGUGCUGAUCGACAGCCAUGUCUUGAUAAUUGUCACCCAGCUCUUUGGUGGCUCUCACGUUUACAAGUUCGAUGAACAACAAAACAAGUUCACCAAGUUUCAAACCAUCGAGGUCUUCAACAUCUCAAAGCCAAACGACAUCGAGGUGUUCCAAAUGGACGGUGACUGGUAUUUUGUGAUUGUGGACAGCUCCAAGGCCGGACUGUCGACUUUGUACAAGUGGAGCGACAAACCAGACCGCAACGAAACUGGCUUUUACUCCUACCAGUUUCUCCACGAGUGGUUUCGAGAUACAGAUGCUGAGUUUGUUCAAGUGGACGGGAAGUCCUACCUCAUCUUAGCCAGUCGAUCUCAGCCACCGGUCAUCUACCUGUGGAACAAAAGCUCCCUGAAGUUCAUACUUCACGGCGAAGUCCCGAAUAUCGACGACGUGGUGUCGGUCAAAGCGUUUCGGGAGGAAGGUGAGUUGUACCUGGCCUUGACCUGCUACAUCGGCGACUCCAAAGUCCUCAAAUGGGCAAACAAGCAGUUCACUGAGGUGCAGGCUCUGCCCUCACGAGGGGCCAUGAUCCUCCAGCCCUUCUCCUUCAGAGACAGACACUACCUCGCUCUCGGCAGCGAUUACUCUUUCACACAGAUCUACCUCUGGGAUGUGGAGACCAAAACCUUCCACAAGUUCAAGGACAUUUAUGUGCAGUCGCCUCGGUCGUUCAAUGUUGUGACCAACGACCGGAGGAACUUCAUCUUCUCAUCAAGCUUCAAGGGCAAAUCGAUGGUUUUUGAGCAUAUUCCUGUUGAUUUAAGCUUAUAGUGCCUAAAAUAAUGACUCACGACAUGAGUUGGUCACUCUGAGUCAACAUUAUGUGUAUGCUACAGCCUCCAAGAGCGUCAAAUGGCGUAUUAUCGUCCUUAUGCGGAAGAUGGUAUAAAAUAACAAUAGACUCUUAAUUACUUAACUUAAAUGAAAUGACGGCCUUGUAAUUUUAACAGCAUGAACAUAAUUUUAUGGCACACUAGAUAUUAUCUUAAGAGGUGCUGGCUUUUAUUGCAAUUCUGUCAAGCAAACAAUGGGCGAGGUCAAGGAGAGACCAUGGCCGUUAUAGACUAUAACCUGGUAGUAAAAGAAAACUAUCCAUUAAGUGUUAUCUAUAAUUAAUGCCCAUUUAUACAUGAUUCCUUUAUGGUGCACCUCCUAGCAUUUAGCACUCACUGUUUCCUCAGUGAGUAAAAGAAAGAGUGACAACUCUCACAUAAUGACUUUUCGGUUUGUGGCACUGCAAUGCUCUAUGCAGAAACCAAACAAUGAUUCCCGGGCCGUGGGUUCGGCUCUACCACUGCAAGCAAGACUGUUAACGACUCUUACUCUAAAAUGCUCAGUACUCCGAAAGUGAAGGGAUUUGUUUGGAACCAGCCUUUUAAUUUCUGUAACUGUUAUGACUUGCCUGAUGAUUGCAAUGUGCAUGACACUGAGGUUUUUUCUUCUUUUACAAAAUGUCAUCAGUAUUGGCUAAAUAUCACGAGCUGAAGUCUUAAGUGCACAACAUCUACUAUUGUAUGAACAGAUGGGCCUGAUUACUGGCUAAAUAAAACAUAGUUUACUCCUGAUUUCUAUGCAAAAUGUCUCAUACUAAGUGUUGCUGCAAUCACGAGGUUGCGUGUUGCUGUAUAACCUGAAUGCAAUUGAAGCCACAAAUGUGCAGCUCUCUCUUUUACCGAUCCGUAGAUGUUUUUCAUUUACUGUUCAGAUUUAAUUACAAUCUGUUUGCCUUGGAAUUUAGCAGUCGGAUCGCUGCCUGCUGCAAAAGCUGAAGCUAAAAAUGUGUCGCAGCUUAGAAGUUGUAUGUAAAUCAAUCAAAGCAGUAUUCAAGAGAACGCAAAUGGAAUCAGUGACAGAAGUUGUGUGUGCGUCGUCUUGUGUAAGUGAGUUGAAGUUCACAGAAACAUUGUUGGAGAAAAGAAAGUCUGAUAUCGAGUAGGAAUGUAAAACUAAGGCUGGGAGCUGAAGAAGCUGGGAGCGGAAACAUGCUGAUGAAACAGAUGAGGCAAAUGAUGUACUAUAAAAGCUUGAACCUGAAAUAAAAUGCAUUUAAAC